AUGACCAUGCCAAUCUACAGCAGAGGAAGCAGGAGCAGGAACGGCGGUAUCCCGACCAGCCCGCCCGCGGGCUUCUCGUUCGACCGGGCCGAGGUCAUCUACCAGCACGCCGACCGGGUCGUCUGGAAGGUCGGGCGCAGGUACAUCCUCAAGCGCGCCGACUUUGUCGACGACUCCGAGGCGGCCACGCACCGGUUCAUCUGGAAGUACACUCCGAUUCCGCUGCCCAGGCUCUACGGCGAGGGGCCGGGCGGCCCCUCCCGCCAACGUCGCUCCCACCACCACCACUACUACCUUCUGGAGGAGCGCAUCCCGGGCCAGACGCUCAGGGACUGCUGGGGCCGGCUGAGCCGGGCGGACGCGGAGGCGAUCGCGGAGCAGGUGGCCGGCUACAUGGAGGAGCUGGCGCGGUUCCGGGGCCGGCGGAUGGAGACCGUGACCGGGGCUCGGCUGCCCAACAACUGCUUCAACCCGCGGCCCGAAGAGCCGCACGAGCGGCUGGCCGGGCGGUGGGCGACCGACGACGACGUGUUCGACGGGACCUUUGCGCCCGCGCUGCGGCGCCGGGGCCUGGGCGAGGUCGUGGUGCGGGCGUGCCGGCGCACGAUGCCGCGGUGCGAGGGGCAGCUGGUCCUGACGCACGGGGACCUGUACGUGGGCAACGUCGUGGUCGACCCGGACCGGGCCCAGGUUACGGGCCUGAUCGACUGGGAGAUGGCCGGCUUCUGGCCCGAGUGGUUCCAGUAUGCCCGCAUCACGCACGGCUGCAGCCGCGACGACGGCGAGUGGAAGCGCGUGCUCAGCCGCGCCUCGCGUCCCCGCAUCCGCCAGGCCGACCACGGCCGCGUCUGGCUCGACGCCGUCAUGCUGCUGCUCUACCAGCCCGACAGCCUCCGCGCCCGCGCCUGGCUGCGCCUGCUCUUCCGCUACCAGCGCGGCGAGGUCGGCCGCGAGGCCCUGCGGAACUACCAGAACAUCGACGGGAGCGACAUCAGGAACCACCUUGCCGUGUACGAGGCCAUUCUGAACAACCGAGGCGGGCUGGGAGAUCAGGGGUACUACAGUUCGGCUUUGCGCUGGUAA